UUGAUACUAAUACAUAAUUUAUUAACGUAAUACAAAGUGUUUUAUAUACCUAGUUGCAUAUAUUUACAUACGUAUGUAUACAUAGCGUUUUAAAUCAAAUCGGGGCCACAGUGAGACGAACGUAGUUUGAAUUGAAUACGGAACCUUUGCAAUGAUCAUUUCGAAGGACUUGUUUUUAUUAGGCGAGCAAGAUUAUUUGCGUUUGCCAAAAGACGAGAAACGUUUGGGGACCAGCAACAAUACGACUGUCGCCCCCGCCAACUCGAACGCCACUGUGCCUUUGGGGGACAUGGGGAGCCAGCCGAAUGGAAAACAAAGGGCCGAACAUACGGGUUUGACAUUUCCCUGUCUCGUGGAGCCUUCAGCGCGGCCGCUACAACUUGUCUUUAGCGAUGUCUGCGCAUCCGUAGAAAAGCGACCAAUCUUACGAGACGUCAGUGGAGUCGUAAGGCCGGGGCAAGUGCUUGCUGUGAUGGGUCCGUCCGGCUGCGGCAAAACUACACUGUUGGACUGCUUGAGCGGUCAGCGCCGCCUCGACUCGGGCAGCGUUCGUCUGAAUCGCGAACGCUUGUCUAAGAAGUGGCGGCGGCGCAUAUGCUACGUUCUUCAGCAAGAUAUUUUUUUUGCCGGCCUCACGCUACGGGAAACGCUUGAAUACACUGCCAUGCUUAGAUUACCUGAAAAAUUACCGAGAUCCGAAAAACUCCGCUGCGUCGAUCACAUUCUAGAAGUACUUGAAUUGACAGGUUGUCAACAUACGAAGAUUGGGGACUAUUUAAAUCGUGGUCUAUCGGGUGGUGAAAAGAAACGUGCAAAUAUUGCCUGUGAACUUUUAACAAAUCCUUCCGUAUUACUCCUUGAUGAACCCACAUCCGGCCUGGACUCGCAUUCUGCCGCGGCCCUGAUAUCUUCCCUGCAACGUUACGCCGCGCAAGAGCACAAAACGGUAGUAGUCACCGUACACCAGCCUUCAUCACAAAUGUUCCAUAUGUUCGAUUACUUCUACUUUGUCAGGGCCAGACAGCAUAUUUUUGGGGACGUUCGCGAUGUAGUCGACUUCUUUGCAUCCUGUGGUCUUAAUAUGAUAGCGCAUUACAACCCGGCCGAUUUUAUAUUGGAGCACAUAAAGAGCACGCCCGAUGUACGAGACAGAAUAUUAUCAGCGUCGCGAGCGGCGCGUUUGGACCCGAAUUAUCCAAUAGAACUCCAGCCGGAUUAUUUUACUGCACCCGCUAUAGUUUGCGAAAAGUACCAACACUUGCAAAACUUUACUCUGCAUCAAGACCACCAUGUGCUUGCUAAUGGAGUCGUAGUAGACGAAAGCCAAGCGGAGGCCGAAGCACGCCUAUGGAUGGAUACCCAAUCGCAUGCGUCGUCCUCAAGCUCCGAUACACAAGAGGGUGAUUGUUGGCUGGGCUACCCCACAUCUUUUUGCACGCAGUUCAAAGUUUUAUCACAGCGCAAUUUUAAGGAAGCUAGGCCAAGGAUGUUAUCUCGAUUAAACUGGGUGCAAACAAUUGGAUUAGGUAUAAUGGCAGGCGCGCUUUGGUUUCAAUUACCGAAAACUGAAGAAUCAUUGCACGAUAUACAGGGAUGGAUGUUUUUCUCCCAAACUUAUUGGAUGCUAUUUGCACUGUUUGGUGCGCUCAGUUCAUUCCCUCCAGAGCGUGAGGUUAUCAACAAAGAGAGACGAUCUGGAGCUUAUAGGCUUUCUGCUUACUACAUGGCAAAAAUGGUCGGUGAAUUGCCACUCGUAGUGACUUUGCCAGCAGUUUAUCAUUUGAUAUCCUAUCCAAUGUUGGGAUUCAGUAACCCGACGCUUUUUUUGACAAUGUUAGGCUUUUUAUUACUGAAUACCAUUGUUGCCCAAAGCGUUGGCUUUUUUGUUGGAGCUUGCUGUAUGGAUAUGAACCUGUCAGUCACAAUUAGCGCGCUGUACACGUUGGCGACGCAACUGUUUGGGGGAUAUCUGUCAACUAGAUUUCCAGCAUGGUUGCAAUGGGUUCGAUAUACAAGUAUGAUUCAUUAUGCAUAUCAAAAUAUGCAGAUUUUAGAAUUUACAGAAGGACCUGCCAUUGCAUGCGCCAAACAAAGUAAGUUUGCAGUUUGUGCUCACUCUAAGAUAAUACCUGUUCAAGAUAUUCUUCAGGCGCAGGGCAGUUCAGAGCCCUUGUGGUUGAACACUUUAGUUCUUCUAAUUUUCUUUACUGUAUUCAGACUGUUAGGAUAUUUAGUGCUUCGUUACAUACGCUGCCCAAAGUGACAAAAGAAGCAUUUUUAGAAUUUUAACUUAUUGUUAUAUAGUUUUAUAUAUAAUAAUAUAUACUUUUAUGAUUUUUAUAAUCAAUAAAUAUGAAAAGAACUGUUAAAUAGUCAUACAUAAACAUUCA